CUAUCAGGCAUUCCCACCAUGUGGCUGUUUUUAACAACAGCCUAUUUGAUUUGUGGAACUUUAAAUGCUGCUGGAUUCUUCAAUUUGGAAAAAGAAGCAAAUCCUGAAGUGUGGAUGAGUACUAGUGAAAUCAUCACCUAUAAUGGCUACCCCAGUGAGGAGUAUGAAGUAACCACUCAAGACGGGUACAUACUCAGUGUCAAUCGGAUUCCCCACGGGCGAAAAGACACUAAGGUCACAGGUGCCCGACCAGUUGUAUAUCUGCAGCAUGCCCUGUUUUCAGACAAUGCCUCCUGGCUUGAGAAUUUUGCCAAUGGCAGCCUUGGAUUCCUUCUAGCUGAUGCUGGUUAUGAUGUAUGGAUGGGAAACAGUCGGGGGAACACUUGGUCAAGAAGACACAAAACACUCUCGGUGAACGAAGAGAAAUUCUGGGCCUUUAGCUUUCAUGAAAUGGCCAAAUAUGAUCUCCCUGGAAUAAUAGACUUCAUUGUAAAUAAAACUGGUCAGCAGAAGUUGUAUUUCGUUGGAUAUUCGCUUGGUACUACAAUAGGGUUUGUAGCCUUUGCCACCAUGCCUGAACUGGCACAAAGAAUCAAAAUGAACUUUGCCUUGGGUCCUGUGGUCUCCUUCAAAUAUCCCACAGGCAUUUUUACCAGAUUUUUCGAACUUCCAAGUUCUGCAAUCAAGAAGUUGUUUGGUACCAAAGGUUUCUUCUUAGAAGAAAGUAUAGGGAAGUCACCUUCUAUCAAAAUCUGCAACAAUAAAAUAUUGUGGGUGAUAUGUAGUGAAUUUCUGUCCUUGUGGGCAGGAUUCAACAAGAAGAACAUGAAUAUGAGCCGAAUGGAUGUGUAUAUGUCCCAUGCUCCCACUGGAUCAUCAAUACAGAACAUCCUGCAUAUAAAACAGCUUUACCAUUCUGAUGAAUUCAGAGCUUAUGACUGGGGGAGUGAAGCUGAAAACAUGCAUCACUACAAUCAGAGUUGUCCUCCACUGUAUGACCUGACUGCCAUGAAAGUACCUACUGCCAUCUGGGCUGGUGGAAAUGAUAUUCUUAUCACACCUCGAGAUGUGGCCAGGAUACUCCCCCAAAUCAGGAAUCUGCGUUACUUCAAACUAUUGCCAGAUUGGAACCACUUUGAUUUCAUCUGGGGCCUCGAUGCUGCCCAACGAGUAUACAGCAAAAUCAUAGAUUUGAUGAAGUCAUAUCCCUAA